GAAUUAUCUAUCUCAACCUACUUUUUUUCCUCCCGCUGUUUCACUCCCAUCCCGCUCUCCGUUGUUAGGCUCAUUCCACUCACUUGUCAUCUGUUCUGAUUGCUAUUUUCUUCGUCAGGAUUUCUGCUUUCCUUCUUCUUUUCUCGGAGCCUGUAUUGUUUUCUUUAACGCUUUUCCUGCCUUCCUCUCCUCCUUUCUCUUGCCCGCUCGACCGGCCCCCUUUAAUAUUGCAAACUCGUCGCUUUUCUCACCCCUUCUUGAAAUAAUCAGUGCAAAAUGGCGGACGAUAAGAGAAAUGAUGACUACGCCAUUGAUAUGGACAAAUUGGAUGCCAAUAACAAACGAUUCGAUGCUCCACCACCAUCGCAACCUCGACUCCCUGCAUCACGCUCCUCAUAUGCUCAAAGCUCCGCUCUCCCCGUAUUCUCCUACUGCUGUUCUUCGAUUCUGAUGACCGUUACAAAUAAAUAUGUUUUGUCAGGGACUUCAUUUAACUUGAACUUUUUCCUUCUGUGUGUCCAGUCUCUUGUUUGCGUUGCUGCAAUUCAAACUGCCAAGUCCUUGAAAAUCAUCACGUUUCGCGAUUUUAAUAUAGACGAGGCGAAGAAAUGGUUUCCAAUUUCUCUCCUCCUCAUCGGCAUGAUAUACACCGGCACUAAGGCCUUGCAGUUUCUCUCCAUCCCCGUAUAUACUAUCUUCAAGAACUUGACAAUUAUCCUGAUCGCGUACGGCGAGGUGCUGUGGUUUGGAGGCUCAGUCACCGGCAUGGUGCUGUUCUCAUUCGGCUUAAUGGUUCUGAGUUCCAUCAUUGCGGCCUGGGCUGAUAUAAACUAUGCACUUUCAGCAGUAGGCGUGGAUGCUACAAGCAAAAUUUCAACGCUCAAUGCUGGAUACGUCUGGAUGUUGAUCAACUGCCUGUGCACUGCCACUUACGUUCUCGGCAUGCGCAAGAGAAUCAAGUUGACCAACUUCAAGGACUUUGACACCAUGUUCUACAACAACCUCCUCUCCAUUCCUAUCAUUCUAGUUGCCUCUCUUGUCGUGGAAGACUGGUCAUCAGAGAACGUGAACUUGAACUUCCCCACAGAGACUCGCAGCCGCAUUAUCAUGGCGAUGAUUUUCUCAGGCUUGUCCUCCGUUUUCAUCUCAUACACCUCUGCAUGGUGUGUGCGGGUGACAUCGUCCACAACUUAUUCCAUGGUGGGAGCACUGAACAAGCUUCCCAUUGCCUUGUCCGGCCUCAUCUUCUUCGACGCCCCGGUGACCUUCCCCAGCGUCUCCGCCAUUUUCGUUGGCUUUGUCAGCGGUCUCGUGUAUGCCAUGGCAAAGGUUAAACAAAACUCGAGGCCCAGAAUCGGCGUCCUUCCCACAUCCAAUCCUCCAAUAAGCGCCAGCAGCCAAAGCAUGAGAGACGGACUUAAAUCCUAAGAAUUUGGAUGAUAUACAUACUUCUCCGGUGCCCUUUUUAAUGCCGACGGUGGCUACCGAAACUGAGCCCAUUAACGGCUAGUCGUUUCCAGGAAGUAAACUACUGGCGCUAUAAAUGAAUGAGGAAGCCUGGCUGAUGUGUGAAACCUCAAGCAUGUACGGCUUUUCAUUGCAGUAUUUCUUGUUUUGCAUCUCUUAGAUAUAUAAAGCUACCUCAGACCACAACAUGCAUGCGAUACGUUCUCUUCCCUGACUGGCCUGCUGCGAUCCAGGACGCAAUGGCCUGAAUUCUUGUUAGCAGGGGGGAAUUUUUCUAUUAGAUUUAUUGAAAUAUAUAACCACUUUAUAUUUCCAUCACUUGGUCUUACUGUCGAGUUUUGAAUUGGCGGAGCUCCUGAAGGGUCACCAUAUAAAAUUCGUUGCCCUUUUCUCGUUACCUCUAUUUUUUCCCCUUCCUAUUUUAUUUUCGUUUUUGACCGUUCCCCUUCUACUUCGUCGAUAUUGUUUUAAUCCCGUUUGCCUACUUAUAAUAAUAAACCUUCGUGGCCUCUGUUUUCAACAUAUUUUUCUCGUUUCGAACCCAUGUCGUUUCUAUUCUUCCCAUCUUCAACUUUUAAACUCAUUUUCAAAAUUUUUUGGAGUCAGAGUCUAUUUCUUCAUGAGGCGCGUGGGAUAAGGAUUUUGAGCAAGGCUUGCAUUUUUUGCUUGCCUAUUUUCCUCCUGGCCUGUUGGGUUUUCUGUUGUUUUCUGCUACUAUUAUUAUCUCACACAUUUACCUGUACAUACAUAAAUAACUAGGGUGGUAGAGAAGAAUACGGGCUGAUUUCCCUUCUGUUCCGUUGAUUUAUUUUAUUUUCUUCCAAUGGGCAUGUAAAGAAAAUAUGGUGUUAGUUUCUCUCUUUUAUUCAUUGAAUUGUGGGUUGUGUACUGUCAGUUACUUCACACAACUUGAAUUAAGGCUACCUCGAAACAAAUAAUUUCAAGCAUUUAUUAGAUUAUUUGAAUAAUGAAUACUCCGCAGUUAAUAAAUACAAGAGAAAUAACUAUAGAAUAUCCGUGACUUAUCUAGUUUCUGAUUUUCAUACAUACAAAAUAAGUUGCUGUUUCACCAUGCUGAGAAAGGACAAUUUUUUU